AUGUCCACCACGCAAACUUCCACCUCGGACGACGCGCUCCCAUCGUCCGAACAGCUUUCCGCCGCCAACUCGACCUACGUCUUGGACAGCCAAUCGAACCGCAUCGACUUCACCACUCUCCUCACGCGCGCCAACACCAACAACCUUCCCUUGGUGCUCAUCUUUACACGCCACUUUCACUGUGGCAUGUGCAAGGAGUACGUCAAAGCGCUCUCGAAAUCCACCGUCCUCACAGACGCCUCUCGCGCAUCGCUCGUCGUCGUCGGACCCGGUCAACCGGAAGGACUGGAACACUACAAGCAGCAGGUGGACAGUCCACCGUUUGAGUUCUACGCCGAUCCAGAGUUGAACCUCUACCACGCACUCGGAGUCACCCGAAGGAAUCUCGAUCAGGGCGACGCGAAGAAGGACAAUAUCGGUUCGCAUCAUCAGCAGGGGUUGGCGCAGACGUUCUUCAGCAGCGUGGCCGAGAUCGUCAAAUCUGGAUCGUUGGCGUUGAAGGGUGGCGAUUUCAAGCAGCUGGGUGGUGAAUUCGUCUGGGAUAAAGAGGGAAAGCCUGUUUGGGCUCAUCGCAUGAGACAUACGAGGGAUCAUACCGAGGUAUCGGAGAUUGAACGGGUCGCUACGGGUGCUUCCAGCUGA